CACCGCAUGACAGUAACAUUUCCAAAAAUAAUAAAUAAAAAGCAAAUUAAUCAAAACUUGUCCAUAAAGAACAUAUUUAACAUUUCAGCUAGCUAGCUUGAUCAAUUCAAUUUCCACCCUCCAUAUGUCACUCCUCUAUUUAUGAACACACCUACUUCACAAUAUUGUCAGUAUCCAUCACUUUGAAACAAAUUCAAUUUCCCACUUCAUCUCAAUUCUCAAUCUCAUAUGGCAAACCCAACAUCUCUCUUUGCUCUCAUCUUUCUCCUCUCGUUUUGCUUCACCAGAACCGUUACAUCUGAUGAGGAUUGCGUGUACACGGUGUAUGUUAGAACCGGGUCGAUCAUAAAAGGAGGAACAGACUCAAUCAUCGGAUUAAAGUUAUAUGACGCAUACGGUUACGGAAUAUACAUAACGGAUCUUGAAGCAUGGGGCGGGUUAAUGGGUCCGGGUUAUAACUACUAUGAACGGGGCAACCUUGAUAUAUUCAGUGGUAAGGGUCCUUGUUUGGAUGGACCUGUUUGUGCUGUGAAUUUGACUUCAGACGGGUCGGGUGCUCAUCAUGGAUGGUAUUGUAAUUAUGUGGAGGUUACUUCCACUGGAGUCCACAUUCCUUGUGCUCAAGAACAGUUCACGAUUGAACAAUGGCUCGCUACCGACACCUCGCCUUAUGAGCUUUCUGCUGUUAGAAACUACUGCUCAAAUGAUUUGGGUAAGGCCCAUCAUAAAUUGAAGAUCGUUGAUGCUGUUAGAUCCAGGCCUGGGUCCGGGCCUGGAUCCGAUUACACUAUUUUGAGGUCAAUUGUUCGGGUGUAGGAUGAUUAUUAGAGCAAUAAAUCUGUAUGGUUCUCGGUUGUUAUUUUAAUUAUGCUAUUGUCUGGAGGUGGUUCUAUAAUUUGUAUUGCUAGUGUUGAUGAGAUAGUACUUCAUAUUUUGAGGUACUUUUUGGUAUGGUUUGAAGUUACAGAUAGUGUGUCCUACAUGACCUUGUUUAGGUCGCAAAGUAGUUGUACUAUUGGUCAUCAGGUUCUCCAUCUAGAACACUUGUAUUUGUAUUAUUAUAUCAUUGAAAAAUAAAAUCAGCUUCAUCAAGGGCUUUUGGA